AUGAUGGUGUGGUCAAGGCUGAUUAGAUUCGUUGAGGAGUCUGGAAACACGACUUUUGGGGAUCCAUGCAUCGACAAAAGCGACGACGACCUGAUUACGCUGGUGAAUCGGCGUCAACUAUAUGCCAUCAGGCUCUCCGGCAAUGAUCCUUUUGCACUGACCCGGACGAAUGAGAGGACAAGGGUCGACCGUCUUCUCGGGGUGCUCACUGAGGAAGACGUGAGUGUCUUCAAAUGUAUAGGUCUCAACUAUGUCAAACAUAUUACUGAAAGUGGUCGUAAAGCACCCCCAUAUCCUUCCUUGUUCAUGAAGCCUGCGCCGGCCAUAGCAGCAUUCAAUGCCGACAUUCGAGUCCCGUGCAUUGCGCAGAACAAGAAUCUCGACUACGAGGGCGAGCUUGCUGUUGUCAUUGGGAAGUCGGGGAGAAACAUCUCGACGGAGGAUGCCAUCUCCCACGUCGCCGGAUAUGCGUCUUCGAAUGAUGUCUCGGCGAGGACCUGGCAACGGGAUCCCGCCUAUGCCGGAACUGUGCCACAGUGGUCUUUUGCAAAGUCCUUUGACACGUUUGCGCCGCUGGGGCCGAUGCUGGUCUCCCCCUCCGUCGUGGGGGCUGCGGAUCAUCUGAGAUUGCAGACCUGGGUCAAUGGGGAGGUCCGCCAGGAUUCCAACACAAAUGACCUCCUGUUCAACGUUGCUGCAAUCAUCAGCUUUCUGAGCCAGGGCUCGACGUUGCAAAAGGGUACCGUCAUCAUGACCGGGACGCCUGAUGGAGUGGCUCUGGGUAUGGCGCAGCCGAAAUGGUUACAGGACGGCGAUGUAGUCGAGGUGAAAAUCGAGCAUCUGGGUGCUUGUCUGAACCGCAUCGUCCACGACGAGAUCAGGGGAGUCCUCUGA